UGUAGGAAAAGGGAGAAGGGAGAAACUCGGAUUAACACAAAAGAUUGAACAAAUAAACAAUAAUCAUAACGAUUAUAAAAACGAAGCGAAAGCGAAAACCCUAGGGCUUUAACGACGACGAUCGUGAUGUCGAUAUGAGCUUCCAUGGAGAGAUCUAACGAUCCGUUAACGGUGACGGAGGAGGACGAGAUCUGGGGCACGUGGGAGGAGCUUUUGCUCGCGUGCGCCCGUUACCGCCACGCGGGCCCACCCUCCUGCGGACUCGUUGCCGCGAGGUACGCUCACCGCAUCCACCUUUCGCUCACCGCCUCACGCGACCACGCCUGCAGGAGGCGGUACCGUCACCUUAAACGCCGGUUCUCCGGAAGCGAGGGCGGUGACGGGAUCAACGGUGGAGAUGAGAGCGAUGAAAAGGAGCCAACGGUCGAGAUUCCUUGGCUCGAUGAACUGCGAAGGCUUCGGGUCGCUGAACUCCGUCGAGAGGUCCAGCGUUACGAUGUUUCGAUCGGGUCGUUGCAAUUAAAAGUAAAAAAGAUGAAAGAAGAGCGCGAACGGAAUUUGAGCAAGCCGGAGGCCGACGGCGGCGGCGGCGACGGCGAUAACGGGCAUCCGGAUCCGGAUCGCGGUGCGCUCGAGGUCGAGGAUGAAGGGGGGAAAGGCCCGCGGCCAAAUGAUUCUGAUGCAGCGACACAGAUACAGAGCUUCCGGCGGUGUCGGUGUUCAAGCUCGGCCGACGUUGAAUCUCAGCCUUUGAUCGCUUUCCUCGAAACUAUCCGGUCGAAUAAGGACGGUUCAGUUUUCGACCGCCGGCUCGAGAGUCAGGAGAACGUGCGGUACAGGAGCCAGAUACGCCGCCACGUGGACCUCGAGAUCGUGAAAGACAGAAUCGGGAGGAAAGGAUACACGAGCGUCGAAUUCUUUCGCGACCUCCUCCUCCUCUGCAACAACGCUCUCGUCUUCUACCCCAAAAAUUCGCCCGAAUCAAUCUCAGCCGUCCAUCUCCGCGAUCUCGUCAACAAAGGAAUAGCCACAGCGUUGCGUAAAACCCCUCAGACUUCUCCACAGUCAGCCAAAGAAGCUACUCCUCCGCCAGCUCAGCAGCCUCAUCCGGCGUCCUCGAAGCCUAAAUCGGAUUCGGGCACCAACGAGAAGCCCGCUCCGUUGCCUCCAUUGGUAGCGUGCCGUAAACGGAGCGCCAUCACAGCGAAACCCAUUAAGCCGAAGAAUGUUGAGAAAGUAGAGAAGGCCGAAAUCGAAACCGCCGAAGACGGAGGGGAAAUCGAAGACGAAAACAAAGACAGAGAACCAGCAACGAACAAGAAGAGCACGAAGCAGCAGAGGACGGCGGUAUCGAGAGGGCUGAGGACUAACAAAACUCGGACGAACACCAAAGGAGGCGGCAACGCAGUUAAGAACCCGAACCCGGUGUCAACCCCGAAACCCGACCCGGUAGAGCAAGAUUCGAAAUCCACAUUGGCGAAGAAGCGGAGCGCUGCAGAUUUCUUGAACAGAAUGAAAUCGAGCUCGCCUCCCGAGACGAUGAAGGGCUCAUCGAGUUCGAGGAGAGGCGGAGGUGAUCAGAGGAAGAAGACGAAGGAGGAGGGCAAGAGGGAGGCGGCGGCGGCGAAGAAGAGUGUUGGGAGGCCUCCGGCGAAGAGGGCGCCGUCGAAGAGAGCGAGGGAGGAGAAGACUUACAGAGGAUAUAUGGGGAAAAUAAUCAAUUAA